AUGUCGAAUGAACCUCUUCUCCCCUCUUAUGGCGCAGCGACGCAGCGCCACCGCUCCAGCGAAUACCGUCUCGUCGCAAAGCACACGCAUGACACGCCCACAUUGGUCGAUGUCCUUUCUCUAUUCAUCUUCCUCAUCAGCGCCGUCUUCUCGACUAUCUGGGCCACUCAAAGCAGCACUGUAGCGUCAGGUCACCCUGGUACCCCCCCACACACUGGCUCCGCACCUCUCCUCCCGUACUUUGCUUCCAUCUCCCUCGUUAUAUCGACGUGUUUCUGGCUUGGCUAUCUCUUCUUCAUCGCAAACGAUGGACAUGGUGGUUCGGUACUGAAGAGGAAGAUCACGAUUGGUGCUGCGGUCGUGGGGAAAAUAGUACUUGCAGCGGCUCAUGUGGCCAUCUGGCAGGCAUAUAAGAUGUGGUAUGCUGGGCUUGUGACACCAAAUUGGAUGGUUGUGUUUGUUGCGGCGCAGGCUUGGUUUGAUGUCGUGUUUGUUGGGGUUAAUGGGUGGGCGUUGUGA